GUGGGACGAAAAGCAGCUCCAUGUACGAGCCCAAAAUAAAAAAUAAAAAUAUUUAUAUAUAUAUUUAUAUAUAAAGGCUACAGCGAAAGAGAAGAAGAUGAAACUGGUGAACUGAUGGAUGCCACUGCGAGACAACAAAGGAUGCACGCGUGUCACCUCGUGUAAUUUCACCUCCUCCCCCUGCAGGGAAAUAAGAAACUCAAAAACAUAAAUCGGCUUUAACUUAGUUGUUAAUAGGAUUUCACAUCAACCCCCCUCUCUUCAGACACCCUCGCUGCUUUUUUCCGCCUGCAGGAGAAUAGACAGCAACAUUUUUUGAUGAACAGCUCCUGCUUGAUGAUUUAAAGCACCAGGAGGAGAUACUCGGGGAUACUUAAAAACAAAAUGCAGGCAUGAGAGGAUGCUGCUGGACCCGGUCUGACUUUAAUGUUGGUGCCUCACACUUCGUGGCUUUCAGCCUCCAUUGAAUCCCGAAAGAAAAAACGCCUCUAUCCAUGAAAAAUAAUCCCUCCCUAUUGGCUGGAUUGCGGUGCACAUGCUAUAACAACAGGAUAUGCAAAGAACUAUGGGCUGAUCUAAUAGCCUAUCAUGUUUUCCCGCAUGCUUUUUUUGACCGAGAUCUGUAUUUUAUUUAACAGGAUGUGAACUGUGGAUCACAUGGUCCAGAUGCCAUAAUAAUAAGAAUAAUAAAUCAUAUUAAUCAUUAUUAUUAUAGGCCUAAUUAAUAAUGGAGCUGCCACAGUCAAGCUGGAGGCUGUUUUGUUUCGCAGAGCAGUUGUCUGUGUAGUAAAGCCGCUGAAGAAUGUUCAAGUAUCGGAUCCGGAUGUUUUUCAAUGAACUCAAAGUGUUGCUACUGAUGCGCUCUGGAUCAAGCAGGAGGACUGACACAGGCACAGACCCGGACACUCAGACCAGGAUGCGAGGGCUCGCCAUAGGUGGCUGUGGUUGGCCGCCGUUGAGCUGCUCUCACCGGGAUGAUGAGGAGGAAUAUUAUGGCUCUGACCCCCGGCCACGUAGCCUCGCGUUUGAGGAUAAUGAUGAUGAGGACAAAUCCCACGGAGGAGGUCUGGACGCAGCUUCCCUCCCGAGUCUCUCAGAGAGCGGGAUGCGAUCACCGCAGUGCCGGAUCUGCUUCCAGGGGCCGGAGAAGGGGGAAUUGUUGAGCCCUUGUCGGUGUGCUGGCUCCGUGCGCUGUACCCACCAGUCCUGCCUUAUCCGCUGGAUCAGUGAGAGAGGCUCCUGGAGCUGUGAGCUCUGCUACUUCAAGUACCAGGUUCUGGCCAUUAGCACCAAAAACCCACUGCAGUGGCAGGCCAUCACUUUGACUGUGAUUGAGAAGGUGCAGAUUGCAGCCAUUAUCCUGGGCUCUUUGUUCCUCAUCGCCAGCAUCUCCUGGUUGGUGUGGUCCUCUCUCAGCCCUUCAGCCAAAUGGCAGCGGCAGGAUCUUCUCUUCCAGAUAUGCUACGGCAUGUAUGGCUUCAUGGACAUAGUUUGUAUAGGCCUUAUAAUCCAUGAAGGAUCAUCUGUUUACCGGAUCUUUAAGCGCUGGCAGGCGGUGAACCAGCAGUGGAAAGUGCUGAAUUAUGAGAAAGCAAAGGACUUAGGUGACCCCAUCAGUUCCGGCAGUAAAGGUCGCGUUGAGAGGGACUCUACCAUCACGGACAGCCGAAGGAGGGCGAGUCGACAUGUCAGGACUAUUCUCAACCACCACUGUGGCUAUACUAUUUUGCACAUCCUCAGCCAGUUAAGACCCAACAACCUACACCGCGCCAACCAAGAGGUGGUCAUGAGGGUGACCACUGUAUGAGGCCGGGUUAUACAGACAAAUUGCUCCGAUUUCUAAGAUUGGGAUUUAAUUUUUUUUACAAAUCCUGAUCUGCCACAUUAACACUGCCGUUAACUCCCUUGCCUCAUAUUUUGCUCACAGAUUCUCUCCGACCUAAAAGUGGACAAUGAGAAGUAUUUCUCAGAUUUGAGCAAAAGGAGAACAUUGUGAGUCUUUAAGUGUAAAGAGACUGUGAAAACACGAUGAAUAAGGAAUAUACAUUUUGAAAAACAUGAUGAUUCUUGAAGCGAAUUUUUUUACCACCAUGACUAACGUUACAAAAUGUCAUUGAACUCUUUUUGUUUUUGCUUUCUAAAGAAAAAAAAUAUAUAAUCAGAUAAAAAUCUAUGGUAUUAGGUGUGAUUUGGAUUCGAUAGAGAGGUUUGAUGGUGAAAAUGAGUGUGCCCCUAUACUCGUGAUAACAGACGCGGUCCCUCUGAUUUACUAAACGAAUUCCUGAGGGUCUGCCACGACACGCAGCAUUGAUGGAUCAGACGUUACAAUGCUCGAUAAAACUUUGAGACAUGACACAGUUGCUUAAAAUCAGUCACAGUUCAUGUUUUGUA